AAAAUAUAAAAAAAAAGUUAUUUAUGCUUAUAAUAUUUAUAGGGUGUUUUUAAUUGAUAUGAAGCUAACCAAGCAUUAUCUUAUGCUGGAUCUGGGUUAUAUCAUUAACAGGCAAAGUCCCACACUCCACUUGCCUUAUGGGGUGUUCCUUAUCCAUACAUGUCGUUUUCCAUAUUCCUUUGGUUCUUCAAGCUGCAACGUACCAUGAGGAAAUUAGAAGGGAAAAGAAGGAAAUGAAUAAUUCAGCAGGGAUUCAUGACCAGGAAUACAUUUCUCUGAGCUACGUGGAGGAAAAAGAAGCCGAAAACAAUGGAAUAAAACAUAUAUAUAGCGAGUAGUGACUGCCGACAAGGUAAUUAAAUAAGGUUUAAGAGAAUGACAUUGACGCGUGUUUGAAUUGGACGAUUUAAAGCAGUGUUUUGUUGCAGAGAUUGAGAGAAUGCAAAGGUAAUAGCACCCUUUGUCUCCUUCUCCCAUUUCUUAUUGCAGAGAUUGAGAGAAUACAAAGGUUGAGAAUCUGUUAGCCAUGGCUUUGGGACCAUGCAAAUGGAUUUCCACCAUCACAUUUGCCUUCCUUUUGCUCAUAUUCACUGUCACUCUUUGGAGCCUUGAAUCAAAUCAAGUUCAAUACCCAUUUGCAGGGGAUUUAACAAAGAUGAUUCUAGGCAAGCUUGAAGGAUGGAGUUUGGGCAAGCACGGGGUGAUCACUGAAGAGAGUAAAAGAGAGACUAAAUCUGUAGGACCAAACAUGACAUCUUGCCAUCCAUCUUAUGGUCGUACGGAUCUUCUUGUUGAUUGUUGCCCACCAGGAUUCCAAUCACCGCUGCCCUUCGUUGAUUUCCAGUUUCCCGAUCCCCAGUCCCCAUUAAGAAUCCGCCGCCCAGUCCAUGCUGUCGAUGCCGACUACAUCGCUAAAUAUGACAAGGCCUUGUCCAUAAUGAAGUCGCUACCACACCAUGACCCUCGAAGCUUCUCCCGUCAGGCAAACUUGCACUGUCUCUUCUGCACCGGAGCCUACGACCAACAAAACUCCAAUGCUCCGCUCAGUAUCCACCGCACAUGGUUUUUUUUCCCAUGGCAUCGAAUGAUGAUAUACUUCCACGAACGUAUCCUGGGUAGUCUCAUCGGAGACGAAACAUUUGCUUUGCCAUAUUGGGCUUGGGACAUCCCUCAAGGGAUGGUAAUACCCGAUAUGUACACCAACAACAGUUCAUCUUUUUAUCAUACAAUGCGCGACGUUUCUCAUCUUCCACCACAAACGGCGGAUUUAAACUAUGUUUCGGACACAAAUCUAAGCCCUGAAGAUCAAAUAGAUUUAAAUCUUGCAUUUAUGUAUAACCAAAUGGUGUCUGGAGCAAGAAAGACCGAACUGUUCAUGGGGUGUACAUAUAAAGCUGGAAAGGAAGGUUACUGUAAUGGACCUGGCACAAUAGAGCUUGCCCCUCACAACGCUUUGCACACAUGGAUUGGGAGCAGCUUAAACCCUGGAAGGGAAGAUAUGGGUAAGUUUUACUCUGCAGCAAAGGACCCUAUUUUCUACGCACACCAUGCAAACAUAGAUCGUCUAUGGGAAGUUUGGAGGGAAGCUCAUAAACAACAAUUGGAUAUCAAAGAUCCAGAUUGGCUCGACUCUUUCUUUUACUUCUAUGAUGAGAAUUUGAGGCUCGUGAGGGUUAAAGUCGGUGAUGUUGUGGAUACAAUCAAACUGGGUUAUUCUUAUGAACAGGUUCACCGUCCGUGGUUGAAUAUGCGUCCAAAGCCUUCUUCCCCACCAAAACUAGCUCGUCAAAUGUUGAAAACGAAAGAGAAGAACAAAUUAGAAAUGUUGUCAAGGACCCAUGUUUCUUCCUCCGAGUUGGAUACUCAUGGUCGAGCUCUGGACGCUAGCUUGACAGUAAAGGUUAGGAACCAUUGGAGGAAGAAGGAGAAAGAAGAGGAAAAGGUCAUAGUUGUGCACGGGAUUGAAGUGAAGGGAGAUGCAUAUGUUAAGUUUGAUGUGUAUGUAAACUUGAUUGAUCAGUUCAAGAUCAGCCCAAAGUUCAGGGAAUUUGCAGGGACCUUCGCUCACAUUCCGGGCGGCGGAGCCGGGAAGAGGAAAAUUGACCUUAAACUUGGAGUGUCGGAACUGCUGGAAGAUUUGGAAGCCGAUGAAGAUGAAAGCAUAUGGGUAACAUUGUUACCAACAACACCAAGUUGCAGCAACGUAACAAUUGGAGGGGUUCGAAUGCAGUACAUCAAAUAAUUUUUAUAUAUUUCUCGAUUAAGUUUUGUUUUUCUUGCUUAUUUCUUUUAAAAUCAUUAUUUUUUUCAUGAUCACCCUUUUGCACUUAAAAUAAUAAUCAUGGGAUGGGACAUAUUAUAUUAAAAUUAUUUUCUAGUUUUUAUCUUUUUAAAAA